AUGAAUUUAAAAUAUCUAAUACAGUUUCUAACAACAAUAUUUUUUCUAUUACUUUGCUUUUCCGAAGUUUUAUCUUGUGUAUUCAAAGAACAUUUUGCUGAUUUAAAGUCUGGUAGAACCUUUUAUACAAUCAACCAACCCAAUACAAAUGGUAAGAAAAUUGUCUUAGUACAUGGUUUGUUGGGAGAUUCUACUCAGUUUUAUGAAUGGAAAUGUAUAUUUUCAUGUGCAGGAUAUCAAGUUUUGACUUAUGAUUUAUUAGGACACGGCAAUACUGAAUGGAAACUUUCUGGAUUUUUUUCACAGGAAAGAUUUGUUUCCCAUUUGAAUGAAUUGCUUAUGAGUAUAGGCUGGGUUGACGAGGAAAGCAAAGCUACUGACAAAUUUUCAUUAUUAGGAGUUUCUAUGGGAGGCUUAAUUUCCUUGAAGUAUGCAAUAACUUACCCAAAUAAUAUAAAAAACUUAAUAUUAAUGUGCCCACCUGGAAUAAUGACAAAAGAAGAUUUCCCUUUUCUAUAUAAACUAUCGAAUUCUGAUUUUACCAGUCUUAUCAAAAAUAUUCAUAGCUCCAAAAGAAUAUUUAGAUGUGGGCUUUAUUGCGCCUCAAAGGUAGGAAUCGUUAAGUUAAAUAAUCGACUUUCUAAACCAGAGAAAAAAGAAAUGGUUAAAAAUUAUCACAAGUCAUUUUCUACAUAUGUCAAAUCUGGUGGAGAUGGUAGCUUAUUUGAUAGACAUUUAGAUUUUGAAGAAUUAUCAAAAUAUGAGGAUCAAUUUAAAAUAGUUUUCUUUUGGGGAAUAAAAGAUACAACUGUUCCUUUGGCUCCUGCAGUGGAGUUUUUAUCUCAAUAUUUCAAAAAAACUCCAAUUGUUGUUUACCCUUUUAUUGAACACAUUCCAAUGUAUCCAAUAUUGUCCCCAGCCUUAGUUUCAGUGGAUUUUCUUGAAACAAAUUCAAAAAUAGGAGUUCCUAUUGGAGAAGUUCAAAAUAUAAAUUACUUUUAUGAUCAUGAAGUAAAUAUCAUUCAAGGAAUUAACUAUACUUAUUCUGGAGAAGAAGUUUCUAUUCAAUUUGACCCAGAAGAAUACUCUGAAGGAUACAUUGACUUUAAUAAUACUACUUUUUUUUGA